GCUUGCUUGGCAAAUCUCAAUCCAAUCGGCGGCAAUCGCAUUCGGUCGGGUCUCGGGUCUCUCGCUCUCGCUCGCUUGGGACGUCGUUUUGGGUUCCCUUCCCGGUUUCGGCGUCGCCGCGUCCUUCAGAGAAGGAGAAAAUAUGACGCACACGACUAAACUAAACUAGCGGACAUUCUGAAUGAAUCAUCUGCCCCACCACUGCUCGUAGUGACCCUGUUAAUUCAGCGUGUGUAUGGUUUUCUCAUUUAUUUAUUCUUCAAACUAUUCCCAAACGAAACGGUCGGAAGUAGUGACAGGUUUUUUUUGUUGAUAUAUUUUCCGAUUUUUCUAAAGAACACUCGUGCCAAUCGAUUUUUGUGUUGACGGUUAGACGGGUUUAAGUUGAAAUAGUGCCAAUAUUGUUUGGAUUAUUUACAACUGUUCGAAAUGAGGAUAAAAAGACCCAACUCUUACCCAGUACUUAGAAUUCUCCCCAUACCACCAAGAAAUCAUCACCGAGAAUUCCACAGGAAACACAAAGAUCUAUGCGAACAUACUUUAUCACAGGCUCUCACUCCUAGAGGCAUUUCGCCCUCAGCUUCUUGCCCGACUGUAGCCGACGUAGAUUCAUUCCCCGCAUCUAAAGUAUUGCCUUUUUUAUAUCUUGGUAACAGCAAGGAUGCAGCCGACCUUUCUUGUCUACAAGGACUUGGUACCACCUGCGUGUUAAACGUGACGUCACAACUGCCUGGGUACCACGAAGAAUGCGGUAUUACAUACAAACAAAUACCCGCUACAGACUCGGGCCACCAGAACCUUAAGCAGUAUUUUGAAGAGGCCUUCGAGUUCAUCGAGCAAGCAAGAAUAAAUGGUUCUCGAGUGUUGGUACAUUGCCAAGCAGGUAUAUCAAGAAGUGCGACCAUCGCAAUUGCCUACAUAAUGAAGUAUAAGCAUAUGUCAAUGUGGGAAGCCUACAGAAAGGUUAAAGAAAUCCGACCCAUCAUUUCACCGAACCUCAACUUCAUGGGUCAACUAUUGGAAUUAGAACAGAGUCUGCGAAGCGAUAACAGUAGCAACAAUAAUGUUCAAUGCAGAUGGAGCCAACCACCACCAGACGAAGUCACGCAGAGUUGUAGUGUCUAAGUUUUGUAUACAUAUUAUUUUAAGACUGUUGACAUUAUUGACAAAACGUUGAAUAGUCUCCCAUGUUCCCAUGUCGCCAUAUAGUUUCAUUCUAGUCGUUUCAAUUGGAUUAAAAGCAAAGAAUUUGUAUUGGCUAUGUGAAUAAAUACUAAAUGGUCACUACCACAUAAAUGCAUAGAAAAGUCAUGGCAGCAAUAUAAUUGUUAUCCUGUGAUUGGUAAAAUCUUUAAACGUAAUUAAAUAUUGUCCUAAAUUUCAAAGCGUGUCUGUGUUGCUAUCUUUGUUGUACAAUUAUCAAACAACUGGUGUGUUUAUUACCUAAAAGAAAACCACAAAUUAUUUUCAAAAUAGACCAUACAAAUGAUGUGAAUUUGGAUCUAUCCUGAAGUCCGAUUACAGGAAAAGGUCAAAGAAAGUUCUGGCGGACAUUUUGAUGUUUGCAGCUAGCUUUUUGUUUUUUUUUUUUUUCAGAAUUCAAAUAUACGAUUAGUAUAAAGAAUCGUUUACCUAACAAAAAAAUCAGAAGUGUACCCUCUGUAUUUUAUUUUAAAAGUUAAACUUGAUAAUGAAUUAUCUAGAAUGUUCAGUGAGCGAUCCUCUUUUUUUCAAUUUUCACCUUUUUGAAACAAUGCUCGCUAAAAAUGUUAAAAUGUCUCAGGAACAUUAAAAUGUGUGCCGGUACUUUUUUACCCAUUCCCUCCGCGGUUUCUUCGUCUUAUGUUAUUUGUACAGUUGCCUUUCGUUUAAAAGGGAAGACAACAAAAACAAAUGAGUUCCAAUUUGACCAUCCUAGUGGGAUUUUAAGUCACAACACCGAUUUGAAUGAGCUAAAAAAAAUUUUUAAUAAUUAUUACUUUUAUUCAGCAUAGACUCAUAUAAAUUCUUUGGAUAAAAGGCUGUGUACCAUUAAAAAUAUUUCAUCUUUAUGUAAUUAUUUGUCUUUUUCGUGUUGAAAUUCGCAUUAUUCUUUUUUUUUUCAACCGUGCCAUCUUCAAAUUCAAUGGUACCAUUUUGACUUCUUUUGACUGAUAAACUUCUUGGAAUUACAUUAUUGUAAAUUGAAAUUAAUGCUGUGCAUUAAAUUAUUAUAUCCAUUUAUUAAUGAUAAAUUUAAGAAGUUUGCAGCAAGUUGCAGCAAAAUAGGUUGAACUUUUCCUCUUAUUUUUGAAGCACAAAAUUAAUGAAAUUUGCCCAAUAAUUGAAAUAUUCAAUAAAAGCCAAACAAGAUAACGUAAAAGAUGAGCACAAGUGGAAUUUGUAGUCUUUUCCCAAGGGAUUGUUUAAAGUUUCAAAAUGGUUUCUCGUUUAUCAACGAUAAGUGGGUAUAUAAAUACAUAUUUAUUAUUAAUUGUUUCAACUAGUCACUUGGAUUGGUAUACGUAUCUACUUUCGACUCUGUUGUUCACUCGGAAAUAAUUUUAGUUUUCCCAUUUUUGUAACCUACAAAACUCAUCUCAUUUCCUAUUCACAAUUUUUUUUCUGUGUUUUAUUCGAAAUAGGGUUGCUAUAAAAUUUUGAUUGCAACCUAACUUUCAGCAAAUUGGAAACAUGAGGGUACAAAUCCAUUCUAUUUUUUCUGUAUGAUUCAAAUGAUUCUGCAUCUUCUACCUGAGUUUUAAGUUAAUGUCUUCAAAAAAUGAGUAGAUGGGAUUGAAUUUUCUGAAGAGUGAGGUGGUCCAUGUCUCCUAUACCAAUGGAGAUAAAAAAAAAGUCAAUACGAAACUUGUACAUAAACUUGAGUAUGUUUUUUUAAAUUACCCCUGUAUAUCUGUAUAUUUUCACAUUUUCGAAUUUCUCUUCAAUUUCAAGUAACUUCUCUCAAUAACUUCCUCUUGCGUUAUCGAGAAAAAAGUGAAUUUCCAAAAUUUUAAGCCAAAAGAUUAGGUCCUAAGUUGCGAUUUUUCGCUUUGUACAAAAUAUCAAUGAUUUGAAGUUUGAGUCAUAGCUCAACAGAGCUUAGAGGAACUACAAUAUGUUUCCUAAUCUCCGUGAUAUUAUACAGGGUGUACAAUAAGGCUUCUGGAAUUUAAAUAUUUAAAGUGUGCAAAAUAAAAUCAGAGAAAAAGUUUUCCUAAUUUGACAGAUCGUCAUUAGAAUUAUGUGCCCAGUCUUUGAGGUUGCAGACUAUUAAAAGCCAAAACCAGAAUGCUGAUUUAAUGUAAAAUAAGCCGCAGCGAUUUUUGGUGAAUUAUUACUGUAAAAUGUUUUUUAUUCUUAUUAUCAUUACAUAAUGUUUUUUCUUUUAGAUUCUAGGUGUAAAUUUAUUUAUUUAUUGGUAUAUUGAUUUAGCUUUACAUGUAGAUUUAUUUGCUGCAAAUAGUUUAUUCCUAAAAGGUUUCUGAUUAGGUUUAUUUAUAUUAUCAUAUUAGUGUAAGGGUCUAGUUAUGGGGUCUAUGGCUCGCUAUUUCACAUGCGAACGUGUCAAAACUCUCUCUUGCUGUGUUGUUUUGUGAAAUUUCACCAACAAGCUAUGGUUCACCCGAGACAAAUUCUGAGAGUCACCAAACAAGAAGCACCACCACCCAUGUCACAUGGUCUGUGAUCUGUGCCUCAGUAGAUCGGUUGUGGCGAACCAAGGACCGUGUAACCGUGCCUUAAUAGUUGCAUCAAAAUGUACGAUAACAUGCAGCAAAUAUAAUAAUUAUUUUAUUUAUAAAUAUAAACGAGCCAUAUUUAAUUUAUUAUAUUAUCGGAUGUAUUAUAGUAAGUGGUUAGGUUAGGUAUUUUGCAGCAAUUCAAAACGGUUUGUUUUAUGUCAAGUUACAUCAGGGUUUGAUUUAUUUUAUUGUGAUUUUUUAAGAUAGAUUUAAGAGAAGAAUGAGAGCAGGUACUAGAGAAGGUGCACCAUUAUGUGUUUUUACGACUUAAUUUAUAUAAUGUCAUGAUACUAGCUCCCAACUGAUAAAUUGCAGAGAGGAUCCUACACUGUUAGCGAAAUAUGCAAAUUUUGCCUGAAGUAGAGCAGUUUUGGUUUCUUCCUAACUAUGAAAACGACUUGUUAAAUUUGAGUAAAAGUCGCUAUAGCUGCUAUCAGUAUGAAUUGCUGCUAAAAAUGUCUUUCUCUUUGUAUAAAAGCAUUAAGGUGAAUGAAAUGGUUUUAAAUAUAGAUAUUGUAUUCGUAUUGAUAGAUUUGCAAGGCAAGGUUUCUAUUCGCAAUUAUCAAGUAUGUGCCUUCGCAAAGUUUACUUAGAGUCCUAAGAGACGUUGUAUAGUAGAGUUCAGACUGUGAAACUUUAAGCUAUUUGUAAAACACCGAACUUAUGUAGUUAAUCUCAAUAAAAUCUGGAAAGCUA